GCCGCCAAGAAGUCACCAUAUCAAGGCGUCACAAAGCGAGAGUGCCAUCACAAGUGAUUUUGUCUUCUUAGCUUGUUUGCUCGUCGCGAAGAUCAUGAAGAUGUCGUCCUUUGCUGCUGUCUUCUUGGCAGCCCUGGCUAUUGCCACGGGGGCCAAUGCGCAGGUCGCCAACAUCACCACUGGUAGCAACUCCUGCAGCUGCCGUAGUCAGUGCACUGCGACAGGCACCAUCACCUACACCGUCCGACUGGAGUUCCUUUGGCCCGCAUCCGACUACUUCCUCCCCGUCAACCCCCACUGGUCUCGCAGUGUGUUCGCCACUCACUCAGGAUGCGCCGUCAUCUUCCGUAACCAGGUGCAGCCUUCAGAGGGCAUAGCCUCGCUGACCGCCAGAGGUGAGCCAACCGAAUUGCAGAACGAGACAGCCGCGUACUCCGACCGCGUCAGAAGCUUCGUCAUCGCACCCCCAGUCUCUACCGCUGCCGGUAAUGCCACUGGUGAAGUCACCGCCGACAGGUACCACCCAGAAAUGACCGCCCUGAGCAUGAUCGCCCCGUCACCUAGCUGGUUCGUCGGCGUGGACUCUGUGCCACUCUGCACCGGUGAUGUCUGGGUCCAGUCUGCCGUCUACGACAUUGCCCCGUGGAACGCCGGCGCUGACGGCGGUCGCAACUACUCUUCCCCCGACGACACCCUGUCGCCGUUCAAUGUCACCCGUCGCAUCAGGAAGUCCAGCGGCACUGACGUCUUCAACGCCGUUGGCGAUGACACCACGCCCAUGGCUCGCAUCUUCAUCGACAUGAAGUCCCAGGACACCACCAACGACGACGUCGUGGAACCGUCCACCGCAUGCAACAAGUGCUCCGGUACCUGCUCUGCCGAGAGCUAUGACUGGUCCAUCAACAAGCCAGUCACCCAGACUCUGCUCUCUUCCGCCGGCGGUGUCACCUUCUCCACCCUUGCUGUUGUGUUCAGUGUCGUUGCUGCCAUGCUUGCCUAAACCUUUUGCCCUCCCCUCGCCAGCCUGUCUCUUGGCACGGGUGCUGUUGCUUUGUUACCGUAUAGUUCAGUACGUCUUUUACUUCUUUUGUGCUACUCUGUCUUUGUGUUUGCGUUUCUGACACAAUUCUUGCUCCAGAUCAGGACAACCGGCUUUUUCAGUAAACAAAUGGACCCAUUCUUCUUCAACAUAGUAAUUAUUAUAGAACGAUGCUAACUUCACUGGUGUUUCCUGCACUAGUUUUUUAAAUUAGAGACCACCAAAGUUUGAUCCAGUUCCGCAGAAUAUUCUCCGUCCCCCCAGGCAAUCGUGGCAGCUUCGAUGCCGCAUGUCCAUUAUCAAGUAUUUAACUGCUUGGAUUCAUUCGACCCCGUGUGAUUUUCGUCACCAGACUAGCAAGGGCGUAUUCCACCUUCUCAUGUAUGUGUGUGUGUGUGUGUGUGUGUGUGUACUCGCAUGUGUGUGCACGUGUGUAGUUUUGUUUCUUUCUUUGUGGCCUGGAAUCAGAAAUCAUCUGCUGGUCGGCUUGAUUUUUCCACACUCUGUGCUUGGUGCUUACCAGUCGACUCUUGUUUAUUCGCUUCCUCUCUUCCCCUGCUUUUCUUUCGUGAUACUAGUAGUUCCUUGCCUAGUUGUUGUUUCUUUUUACUUCACCAUAUGAACAGGCAAGACUGCCUUCUCA